CUGGAACAGAUAUUUAGACCUUAAUAUAUUAUCUGGUUGCGGAUAAAGGUCAAGCUUGUAUGCCCUUCUUCAGCGUUUAAGUCAGUUAUUAACAGCAAGGUAUAUACCAUACAAAAAAUAAAGAGACUGAAAAUUUCGGACAAAAGAUGAUCCCCAUCAUAGGUUUUUUCCGAUUAAUGGUAAUUUCUGUAGUACCAGUUUUUGCAGAAGGAACUCUUUCCUUUACAUAUGAAUUCGGAGAGGACUGCUCAGUGUCGUUAGAGGAUGUGAAUGAGAAUCUCGAGAUUUACGCUGAAUAUCAUGGUAAAGAUGUUUCGUCUUGGUGCGAUUAUUUUUCAUUUAAUGGAAGAGGAAGAAAGAUCUUGGAUGAAUAUGAAAUCUGUGUUAGACCAAUAUAUUUCAGGGAUCCAGACUGUUCCCUAAGAUUGGACUAUAAAUCUUCUUACAACGGUCGAACACUACAGAGUGUAAGUUGCGAGAAAAAUUCCAACACAAAAUAUUGUGGUUCUCAGGACGAAUACUUGUACAUAUAUUUUGAAAAGCGCAACGGUAAAUCAACGUCAAAAGCCAGCUUUAGACUUCACAUCACCGCUAGAAAGGUUUUUGAUUACGAAGAAAAUCAGAAGAGUCUUGUUGGAGCGAUCGUUGGAGGUGUCGUGGGGGGUUGUUUUUUCGUCGCAGUUGUGACGGGUAUCUGCUGCUGGUGUGCCUGCAGGCGGAAGCCAUCGCAAGGCCAAGUAUUAAACCCAACGCAAGCAAAUGCAGUUCCCUUGGUCAACCAACCAGCUUAUCCUUAUCCAUCACAUAAUGUACAACAUACAGAAAACAACACUGGUACUUAUCCACCUGCCAACUAUGCAGCACAGUACACAGCAUACAAUUCACAGCCUCAGUACAAUCCACAGCCUGGGUACAAUACACAACCUCAGUACAACACACAGGCUCAGUAUAAUUCACAGCCUCAAUAUGAUACACAGCCUCAAUAUCAGUCCUCAGAAACAAGUGGAUGGCAAGAACCGGAAAAACAAGCAUCAGCUCCUCCCCCUAGCUAUGAUGAAGUCAACAAAUGAAAUGAUUUCCUAUCUGUGUUGAUUCAAAUUUUAUGCAUAAAGUUCUCAUAUCAUAUCCGUCAAAAAAUGUGCAAAUGUUGUGGGUCUGUUGGUGUUUUUUUUUAUUCUGAACAUAAGAAUAUGUUGAUUUUUAUUGAUGAUUUUUAAAUUUACAAUUUACACUUAUUUGUGCUUUGUUAACACGAGUAUAAUGAACUUACCUGUACUG